UUAGGACUUUGGUGCUGUUGGUUGUGAGAAAAGUGGCGGGUUUUUGGGGGCUCUCCGGCGAACAGUGAGUGUGUUCCCUUCUCACUGAGCCGUGAGGAUGUGCGAGCCGCCGCUGAACUCGGAGGUGAGCGAAACCCUCCGUGCUCGAGAGCGGAGCGUCCAGGAGCUGCUGGAGUUCACGGAGCGCUGCCGGACGGAGCUGAACGGGCUCUUUGAGGCGCUCGGCUGGAGGCCCGAGCUGAACACUGACUCCCCGGGCCCCGGGUCGGAGGAGCCCGUGGAGCUGUGCCCAUAUGACCGCAACCACAGGGUCCCGAGACGGAGCCUCGAGAGGCACGUGACGUUCUGUAAACUCAGCAAGAUGGGCUACUCCAGAGAAGAACAGGCUGACAUGUAUGACCCAUCAGUGUGUUAUGAAAGGGCCGGCAUCCCCUCCCUGGUCAUCGACAAAGCCACCCAGAGAGAGGUCAUCCUCCGAGCAAGAGCGGGCGCCCCACCUGGACGCACCGAGGGAGCGUACAGCCAAAGUGAAUAUUCUGCAGAUCCUCCUGACCCUCCUCUCAACCAUAAGAGGGCGAUAUGUGACCUCACGGUGGCUGACCGACUGGCCCUCUAUGACCAUGUGAUCAGGGAGGCCGGCAAACUGAGAGCACAGCCACAGCCUGCCAGCAACGAUGACCUCUAUGUGGACCUGGUGGCCCGGCUCCAAACAGACGAGGAGCAGAAGGAACCCAAGUCCCACCUGGAGGUUCUGGCUGAGAUGAGGGACUACAAGCGCCGGAGGCAGUCCUACCGUGCUAAGAAUGUCCACAUCACCAAGAAGACGUACACAGAGGUCAUUCGUGAGGUGAUCGAUGUCCAUUCAGCUGAGCUGGCCAGGCUGUGGCAAGAGGAAGAAUUGGAGGAGAAAGAGGAGGAGGACGAGGAGUCCAGGACAACCCAGCACUCUUCCCACAGCAGGAGGAGGUCGGAGGGCAGAAGGUCAAAGUCGGCCGAGUCUCACCAGUCCCACAGCAGCUCGAGACACAGGCGCCAUCGCAGCCGUGAGAGGGAGCGUGACCGAGAGCAUCUCGGAGACAGGGAGGGCAGCCAUGAGAAGGAUCGUGACAGGGAGAGACUGCGAGAGAAGGAUGGCAGUCGCGAAAGGGAGCGAUGGCGGGCCAGAGAAAGCAGCCGUGAGAGAGAUCGCCGCAGGGGAAGACAGCGAGACGGAGACGGCAGCCGAGAAACGGAGCACCACAGAGAGAGACAGCGGGGCAGGAAGCACAGUCGGGACAGGGAGGGAAACAAAGACAGAGAUGGCAGGUGGAGGAGGGAGUCACAUUCACCUGAUGACAGGCAGCGUGGGAAGAAGAGCAGGAAAUGAGUCCAGGAGAUGCUUCGUUGCCACUGCAGACGUCCACUGUCAUCUUUGCAUGUAUUUAGUGUAGGUUGAGCUGAGCAAAGUGUUAGAUACACAUUGAUUAUUGCAUGUUUCCUUACUUAUGGUAAGAAGCAUGUUGUUCAACCUGAGCUCUAUGUUGUUGGUUUUUAUGGAAUGUUUUUGAUGAUGAUCCAUGUUUUG